UCUCUCUCUCCCUCCCUUUGCAUGUGUUCAGCUGCUCCAGCUGUCGGUCUCCCCACUCACUCUCUCAGGGUCAUACAGGCAGGAGUUUAAGGGACCACUUCUGUACGCCAACUCAGCCGGGACGACAGCAGCCAGCAGAAGGACACACUGGUCAGAGGGAGACUGGGAGACAGAAGAGCCACCGGAAAAGAUUCCUCCAUACCACCUCCUGGCUGCUCUGUACAUCACAAAGUCUCUUCUUCAAGGCACUGCUACCUGUCUGAUAGUCGUGUGAGCGUGUGUGUGCGUGUGUGUGUGCGUGUGUUUGUUUGUGUGCAUGUUGUACGUGUGUUCCUGUCCCGUCUCCCACCAAUUAAUGCAUUAGUAUGCAGGGUGUUUGUGUGUCAAACUUGUGCGUGUGCAUAUGUGUGUCUGUGCUCCUCCGCAGUGCUAUUUCACAGCCACCUACAGAAAGUGACACCUACACGGAAUGCACAGAUGGGUAUCACUGGGACCCUCAGACUGAGCACUGCAAAGACAUAAACGAGUGUGAGACCAUUCCAGAUGCCUGCAAAGGGGAAAUGAAGUGUUUCAACCACUAUGGAGGGUACCUGUGCCUCCCUCGCUCUGCGGCAGUCAUCCCAGCUCCAGAGCCCCAAAUCACGCCCACCGAGCCCUUUAACCCCUGCCCUCUGGGCUACGAGCCGCAGGGAGACAGCUGUGUGGAUGUCGAUGAGUGUGAGCGAGAUGAACAUGACUGCCAGCCCAGCCAGCAGUGUAUCAACACCCUGGGUGCCUUCACCUGCCAGUGUCCGGAUGGUUACCGCAAGGUUGGCACAGAGUGUAUUGACAUCGACGAGUGCAGGUACAGAUACUGCCAACAUCGCUGUGUCAACGUCCCCGGUUCCUUCUCCUGUCAGUGUGAACCUGGUUUCCAGCUGGCAGGAAACAACCGCUCUUGCAUUGAUGUGAAUGAAUGUGACAUGGGUGCCCCCUGCUCUCAGAGGUGUUACAACACAUAUGGCACCUUCCUCUGUCGCUGUGACCAGGGCUACGAGCUGGGGCCUGAUGGCUUUGCUUGUAACGACAUCGAUGAGUGCAGCUACUCCAGUUACCUAUGCCAGUACCAGUGUGUCAAUGAGCCAGGCAAGUUCUCCUGCGUGUGCCCUGAAGGAUAUCAGCUGCUGGGAACCAGACUAUGUCAGGAUAUAAACGAAUGUGAAACAGGUGAACAUCAGUGUACUGAGUCUCAGACGUGUGUGAAUAUCCACGGAGGAUACCAGUGUGUGGACACCAACCGAUGCCAAGAACCAUACAUCCAGGUGUCUGAAAACCGCUGUGUGUGUCCUGUCAGCAAGCCCGCCUGUCGAGAUCAGCCUUUCUCCAUCGUCCACCGCUACAUGACCAUCACCUCGGAGCGCACCGUCCCCUCCGACAUCUUCCAGAUUCAAGCCACCAGCGUCUCUCCGGGGGCUUACAACACUUUCCGCAUCCGCUCCGGUGAUGAGAAUGGAGACUUCUACAUCAGGCAAAUCAAUAAUAUCAGUGCGAUGCUGGUGCUGGCCCGCGCCGUGUCAGGGCCCAGAGAGUACACGUUGGACCUGGAGAUGGUGUCAGUUAACCCUCUGCUGAGCUACCAUGGCAGCUCCGCUCUCAGACUCUCCAUCUACGUCGGGCCUUACAGCUUUUAAAGAGGAAGAGGAAGAAGAAGUAGAAGAAGUAGAAGAAGAAGAAGAAGAGGACUUGAGGGAAACAGAAAAGAUGGAGAGAAAGAGCUGGGGAGAAACAUGGAUGCAAACAAAGGAAAAAGAAGCUGUAAAAAGAAGUGGUCAAUGCAGUUCAACCAAUCACUGUGAUGUUACACUCUUAACGUUUUGUACUUAGUUGUCCAAAGAAAAGCCACACAUUUGUCAGCCCACCAUACUGCGUGUAAGAAUAUACAUACAGUACAGUAUACAAAUACAUGUAGCAGUAAAGUCUCACAGAUAAACAGCAGCCUUACAAUAAUUAAUCCAGUCAAAUUGUUCCUUUGAGUUUAAUCUGUCAGUUUUUCUGUUCUCUAGGAUGAAUCAUGUUUAAUGUUAUUUUGCCUGAAAGCAUCAUUCUGUGGUCAGUGUGUAUCAAAGGGAUUUCUUCUCUUCACACGUGUUCAGGGUGAUAACAAAUCUGUGCCGUCUGCCGUCAGGUGGAGAGAUUCACGCCCAGCGUCACUAGAUUAAUCUGUUUUCACCAGUUUACAUCCUUAUUUUCAGUUCCACUCUGUUUGUCACUUUAUUCUUGUCAGCCCUGUUUCCUGUUGACAGACGUGAUUCAGCAACCACUCAGAUCAGACCUCAGCAUCCACUCUCCUCCUUCACCCUCCACUGUUCAUUCCUAUGUUCGAGCUCUCUGUAACUGCCAUUUGUCGGAUUGUCACGUUGCUGAUCGUGUUGUACUUUGUUUUUUUUUUUUGUUUAUUUUGUUUGUCAAAGAUUUGA